AUGUCUUCAUCAUUUGUGGUUGUCAUAUGCCAUGGAUCUUACCACACGCCAGAGCCAUAUCGACCCUUCCAAGAUGCUUUGACAGCCGCUGGCAUUGAGUCAUAUUGCCCACAGUUGCCCUCGUCAGACUUGACGAAAUUGAAUGUAGGGGACCUCGCAAACCCAGAUUAUGAUCGAGAUAUUCCGGCCGGUGGGUACCCGCAGCCAUCGGAUGAUUUAAUCAUCAUCAAUGAAUUGCUUCAAGACCUUAUUAAAAAGGGCGAAAAAAACGUCAUUGUUCUUGGUCACUCUUCUGGCGGCUUCACAGCGACCGCUUGUGCUAUCCCAGAGUUGCAAGCAAAUAAUCGAAAGAAGCGUGGUCUCUCUGGUGGUAUCAUUGGCAUUUUCUAUGCUUGUGCAUUCUUGAUUCCUGUGGGGGAUUCUGUGAAUGGCUUCUUUCAGCCAAAAGAUGGAAGUUCUCCCGUUGUUCCACCCUACUGCAAAUUUCAUGUUCAUGGAAUGAAUGGCGUUGCUUCUACAGUUGAGGGCGCCAAGUACUUCUUUAACGGGCUAGACGACGCUCAGGCUAAGAAAUAUGAAUCCACAUUGACGGCAUCUCCGAUAUUCAAAACCAUUUUGCAUAACGAUGCAUAUGUUGCUCUGCCGUCUAAAUAUCUUAUAACGGAGGACGAUUUAGCUUUGCCUACAGUUUAUCAGGAAGGGAUGAUUGCACUACAAAACUCCCGACCUGGAGUCAACAUAACUAUCGUCAGAUGCCCAAGCGGUCACUCGCCCCAUUUGACCUGGAUUGAAGGGUUUGUGGCAACAAUUCAAAAAUUUGGGAAGGGACUGUUAGCAUAG